CAGCGCCGGCGGCUCCGCGCGGCCGGCCCCGAGCGCGUCCCUUGCCGCAGACAGGCACCGGGGAUCGCAUCCCUAUCAUGGGCACUGUUUGCUUUUCGCGGCGCUGCUGUUUGCUUUUCGCUCUCGCCUGGGCCGGCAGGUUGGCGGGAGGCAGCGGGGGCGCAGAUGUCGACGAGUGCGCAGAAGGUACGGAUGACUGUCACAUCGAUGCGAUUUGCCAAAACACACCAAAAUCCUACAAAUGCAUCUGCAAGCCAGGCUAUAAAGGCGAAGGGAAACAAUGCGAAGAUAUCGACGAGUGUGAGAAUGACUUCUACAAUGGGGGUUGUGUCCAUGAGUGUAUCAACAUUCCAGGCAACUACCGGUGUACGUGCUAUGAUGGGUUCAUGUUAGCCCAUGAUGGCCACAACUGUCUUGAUGUUGAUGAGUGUCAGGAUAACAAUGGAGGGUGCCAGCAGAUUUGUGUAAAUACUAUGGGCAGCUACGAAUGUCAGUGCAAAGAGGGCUUUUUUCUGAGUGAUAACCAGCAUACCUGCAUUCAUCGCUCCAUUGAGGGUAUGAACUGUAUGAACAAAGAUCAUGGGUGUGCACACAUCUGCCGGGAGACGCCCAAAGGUGGGGUUGCCUGUGAAUGUAGGCCUGGCUUUGAACUUGCCAAAAACCAGAAGGACUGCAAAUUAACCUGUAACUAUGGGAAUGGAGGCUGCCAACACACCUGUGAUGACACAGAUACUGGUCCUGUGUGUGGUUGUCAUCAGAAGUAUGCCCUACAUUCAGAUGGCCGAACCUGCAUUGAGAAGGAUGAGGCUGCAAUUGAGAGUUCUGAGUACAAUGCCACGUCAGUAGCUGAUGUGGACAAGAGGGUGAAACGGCGGCUACUUAUGGAAACAUGUGCUGUCAAUAAUGGAGGCUGUGAUCGGACUUGCAAGGAUACGGCGACAGGGGUACGAUGCAGUUGCCCAGUUGGAUUUACCCUCCAGCCUGAUGGGAAAACGUGCAAAGACAUUGAUGAGUGCUUGGUGAACAAUGGUGGCUGUGACCAUUUCUGCCGAAAUACGGUUGGCAGCUUUGAGUGCAGCUGCCAGAAAGGCUAUAAACUGCUCACAGAUGAACGGACCUGCCAAGAUAUAGAUGAGUGUUCCUUCGAAAGGACCUGUGAUCAUACCUGCAUCAACUACCCUGGAAGCUUUGAAUGUCUGUGCCAUAAAGGCUAUACCUUGUACGGGCUGACGCACUGUGGAGAUAUUGAUGAAUGCAGCAUCAGCAAUGGUAGCUGUGACUAUGGGUGUCUUAAUACAAUGGGGAGCUAUGAGUGUGUCUGUCCACCUGGAAAGAAACUGCACUGGAAUAAAAAGGACUGUGUUGAGAUGGUGAAAUGCCUCCCAAAUGCCAAACCAGCUCCCAAGGCUCAGCUAGUGUGUAGUAAGACAGGAGGCAUAGAGAGCUGCUUCCUGUCAUGCCCAUCGAACGCUCUUUUUGUUCCAGAUUCGGAGAACAGCUACACGCUGAGCUGUGGCAUUCCCGUCCAGCAAGCCAAGGCUCAGCAGAAACGCAACGCAACCCUGCCCAGCUGCGCAGAUUCAUUAGCCCCUCCAAUCAAGCAGAAAGCUCGUUUUAAAAUUAAAGACGCAAAGUGCCAUUUACGGCCUCGCAGCAAAGAAAAAACAAAAGAUUCUGGGAAGCAAGCUGUUUUAGGAGGUCAAUUCCCUUGUACAGACAACUGCCAGGUGACCUUUGUGAAUCUUAAGUGUGAUUCCUCCAAGAAAAAACGCCGAGGCCGCAAGUCACCAUCAAAAGAAGUGUCCCAUAUCACCACAGAGUUUGAAGUGGAGAUGAAGUCAGAAGAAGUCUCAGACACCUGUAACAUUGACUGUGUUCGGAAAAGGAUGGAGCAGAAGCUGCAAACUGCAAUCAAAACAUUGAGGAAAUCUAUUAAUAAACAGCAAUUUUACAUUCAGUUUUCUGGGACAGAAUAUGAAGUGGCUCAGAAGCCAGCUAAAGCUACUGAAGGGCAUGAAGCUUGCAGUACAGGGCAAGUGCUGCAGGAUGGAAAAUGCGUUACCUGCAGCACGGGCACCUAUUAUAGCGGAGAGCAUAAUCAGUGCGUUCCUUGCUCACCAGGAACAUACCAAGACACAGAAGGUCAACUUACCUGUGAGCCUUGCCCAAGUAACGAUGGACAGGGAGUAGCAGGCGCCCGGAACGUGUCAGAAUGUGGAGGGCAGUGUUCUCCUGGGCACUAUUCUUCAGACGGUUUUAAACCUUGUAGAGUCUGUCCUCUUGGUACAUACCAGCCUGAACCAGGAAGGACCCUCUGCUUUCCAUGUGGUGGUGGGCUUGUGACCAAGUACGAAGGUGCUGUUUCCUUUCAAGACUGCGAAACCAAAGUUCAUUGUUCUCCUGGACACUACUACAACUCCACAACACACAGAUGUAUCCGAUGCCCUGUGGGAACAUACCAGCCUGAGUUUGGUCAAAACUACUGCAUCACCUGCCCUGGGAACACAAGUACAGAUUUUGAUGGCUCCACUAAUGUUACACACUGCAAAAACCAGCACUGUGGAGGAGAACUUGGGGAUUAUACUGGCUACAUUGAAUCGCCCAACUAUCCUGGAGACUACCCAGCUAAUGUUGAAUGCAUUUGGAAUAUAAAUCCACCCCCGAAGAGGAGAAUACUCAUCGUAGUACCUGAGAUAUUCCUCCCAAUUGAAGAUGAAUGCGGUGAUGUUUUAGUAAUGAGAAAAAGUGCUUCUCCUACUUCAAUUACUACAUAUGAAACAUGUCAGACUUACGAGAGACCUAUUGCAUUUACCUCAAGAUCGAGGAAGCUCUGGAUUCAGUUCAAGUCAAAUGAAGGAAACAGUGGCAAAGGAUUUCAGGUCCCCUAUGUGACUUACGAUGAGGAUUACCAACAACUAAUAGAAGACAUUGUUCGAGAUGGACGAUUAUAUGCAUCAGAAAAUCAUCAGGAAAUUCUAAAGGACAAGAAACUGAUUAAAGCUCUUUUUGAUGUACUGGCACACCCACAAAACUAUUUCAAGUACACAGCGCAAGAAUCAAAAGAGAUGUUUCCAAGAUCAUUUAUAAAGCUACUGCGAUCAAAAGUUUCCAGAUUUCUACGACCAUACAAAUAAGCUAGUGGUAUUCAAUCUAUGGUUACUUUGCAUUCCUGUCAAAUAUUGUCUUUCCUCCAUAGUAGAAACAUUUGCUAAUUUGAAGGCUCUAUUUUGCAGUCUUUGUUUUCAAUUGUAUAUUGAAGAAUACCUAUAAUGUUUUAUAAUCGCUAAAAGCCAAUGUUCUGAAUGGGAUUUUUACUACAAAAAAACCUGUGCAUCCCUGAGUGCAUCUAGUCAGAGAUCCAAAUUUGUGUCUGCACUAGUGAAUCCUCAUCUGAAAUUACAUUACAUAGAAAAUAUUAUUUCCAGCUUUUUAUUUUUCAUCAACAAUAACUUCCGUCAAAGCAAAGACGGAAUCUGUUCAAAUCUGAUUAAACUACCUGCAGAUAAGUUCUGUUGUAGAAAGAAGUAUGUAGUAUAAAUAAUAUUUGGAUUUUGAAUUGCACUUGAAGUUUAUAUUUGAAUCUUUAGAAGAAAACAAAACAAUCUAAAUUUUGUUAUUUCUCAUUUGUGGCUUCGUGGAACCUCUGUCCCAGUAGAAAAGGGAAAAAAAAGAAGAAAAAAAAAAACCCAAACCAGAUGUAUAAUUUUGUUUUAUGAAUUACGUAAGAUUGAGUCCCAUGCCCUAAUGUCCUAAUGUUUUAAUCUGUCCUCUUCUAAACAUCUUCAGACAGAGGUUUGCCACUGUCAAUUACUUAAUUGAAACAGAUUUAGCUCUGGAUUUCCAUACACCUGUUGGUCCCUUUGAAGGCAUUUACAAUAGGAUAGGUGAGAAAUGAACAACAAUAACAGCAGUAGUCUUGGUUUUCUUUCCGUUAAUAGAGCAUCUAAUUAAGUACAAUAUAUAAAUAUAUAAAUAUAUACUUCUAUUUGUGGGUACACUAGUAAUGUUAUCUUUAGUUACUGUAAAUAUUAUUCAUGCUUAAAUCUUUACUCCCACACACCCUAUUUACUCAUAUCUAUUUGUAACUUCGCUUAGAUGAUUAAAUGACUUCUCCAAGUGCUUGCCGCUUGGGUUAACACCAAACUGAAGCCUUUUGGAGUUUUAUAGUACUGGAUAAUGGUUUACUCUGGGACAAUCUCUUUCCACAUACAUUAUUCCAGGAAAAAUAACACCAGUUAAGAUGCAACUGCUGUCCAGUAGAGAGUCAGCUAUUGCCUCUUCCUUGGGCACCCCUUAUGCGCAGGCCAACAGAGUAACCCCUGAGGAUGACACACAUGAGAGGAGCUCGCUAGGGAGGAAUUCGUGUUGGAUCUUCCAACUCAGAAAACCUGGGAAUGUACCUGUGUCACAGGCCCAGGCUCUGAGGGGUGCGAGGGUGUGAACAGGACACAGUUUUGCAGAUGAGUUGGAGGGCAGGCCCUGCAGCCUUCAGAGACCCGGUGCUCCCUUUUAUCACCAAUUUGCAACUGCAGUGCCCAUCAACCACGGGGACUGUACAGUCUGCCAGAGAGCAUUAGCCUCGUGGUCAGGCCUUCCUCACAGAGUGACAGGUACUGGUGGGUUAAGAUGAAGAUAAAUCCUGUGUUUCCUGCUGUGUCCUGGCACAGGGGCUAAUCUCAAUGAGAGAGUAGCUAUUUUUAUUAGUAUUUCAGCCUCUUGAAGUUCCUUCCUCUUGUAUAUCAUUUUCCCUUUUGAACCUACAAGUUUAUUACAUGGAGAAAUUAACUAUCACGCCAACAUCCUUUCAGAAAAAGACUAACAUGCAGGUUUGCUUCACUGCUUUUUUUUUUUUUGCAGUUUAGCGUACCCUUGGGUGCUCUCCAAGACAUAUAUUAAGGGCAGUUAUGGUUAAUUUCUUACACUUUCUUUUGUCUUUGAGCAAGCAAUAUUUAAAUUUAUGAAGUUGUUUUCUGUUGGCUACAAGUGGUUGAAUAUUCCAUUUGUAAGAGACACCUUAAAUAUUCUGUUGAGUUUUUCUACCUGGCCAUCUUGUAAUUUUGGCUGCCUUCUUUCCUCUUCUAUUGAAGGACUUUUUUUUUUUUAUUUCUAUGCCCAGACAGUUUUAACUUAAGGUCUAACAACUCAGUUUCUUAAUUCAUGCAUCUUAAGUCUUUGACGAGUUUUCUCUUUAAUAUAUAUAUAUUUAUAUAUUAACCCUCAUUUCAAAAUGUAACAUCUCCAUAGAAGCUCUUUUUUAAAGGCUGUUAAACCUAACUUUUUGUUAAGUGUCGGAACUACUUUUAUUAAAUAUUCACUAUGGGUUACUAAAUGUGGACAUUUGAAGGAGAACAUCUCAUUCGUCCUAGAUUCGGUGCAUGCCUGGUACAAAAAAAAAAAGUUACAUGGAUUUUUUUUCCCUAACAGGAGUUAUUUGUAGAAAAAAAAUUUAAUCUUAAAAAAGCAAAAAUCUUUUUCGGUACUCAACUAUGCAUAAGUGUAUAGCUAAAAAAUUACUUCAGCUGAACAGUAUUCCGAAGUCUGAUAGGUUAUUCAGCUGAUUAGUAUGGGUCAGGACUGCAGCCAUUCUCCUGAAAGAUAUAAAGGAAAAGAUAUGAAAGAUAUGGAGAAAAAUAACUUCCUCAUUUGCUGAACAAUUUACAGCAAUCUUUAGUAUUUCAAACUUUAUUAAGCGGACUUUGGAACCUGAUGCUGUGCAGUGAGUUUAGUAAAAUCCUUGCUAAAAUACUUGAUUAACAACCCACACGUUUGGACAUAAUACCACUGUACAACCCUGGUGCCAAGCAGGACAAGCCUCAUCUCUGGAACAGGGCUGAAAGUAAUUGCCUCACAAGUCCAGAAACCACUGCCAGCACCAUAACAUUUUGCAGGUUCUUAGCUACAUGGCGAAUCUGGUGCCAGAAAGCGAACUACGAGAGGGACGUGUCCCCAUUGUAGGCCUGUUAGUGGGGCCUUGGUAGAACUGUGAGACGCGAAUACUGGCUGCAUUUACUUCUGGUACAGCUUGCCCUGACUUAAAACCACAUUAGCCAGCUCAUCCUGACAGACAGCCUGCGAGUGUGUGUUAGCUCAUGUUUCCCGGAGCCAUGUCAGGGCACGGCCUCCACAGUCAGGACAGGGCGCUCAGGGACUUCGGUGGCAAACACAGACUUUGUGUCACAAGAGCAGCUAAAGAGAGAGAGUAAUUUGGCCUUCAGAGGUAUAGAGUGAAAUGCUUCUGAAUAUAUAGGGGCUUCAUAUGUGAUACAUUUAGAAAAUGAGUCAGGUUUGAAUGUUUGCAGCUCUGCACAGAAAUGCCUUUGGAUGUGCAAAUUUCUAAUGAAAUGAGUAAUGACAAGUGGUACAUAAGACUGACUGAACCCAUUUAAGCUGGUUUGUACAACAGCACAGAAUUUUUACAUCGGCUCCAACAGUUAAAAAUGCUUUGACUUUCAUACUAGAUUUAUAGUCACAGAAACUGGCAGUCACCAAAUAGAAGGUGAGCUCAGCUCUUCAUUUGUUAAUGUAGGUGUAGGGUGUCUUCACUGUAAGAAGUCAGAGAACAUUUUGCUACCGUACAAUAACCGUACAACAACGAGGAAUGUCUUCUUCUAUGGAGAAGACCUAGACACAUUUGGGAAUCAAAAACUAUACAAGGAGAAACAUGGACGCCUUUAAGAAAACCAGCCUCAUCAAAUUAAUCAAUACAUCACAGCAUAUAAAAUUUUGGCCUUACCCUAAACACAAAAUACUGUAUUUAAACAUAUUCAAUAAGUGCAGCCUUCUGUCUGUUCUUAUAGAAUCACACGCUGUACGCAGAAUAGGAGCAACAACAUGUUGAUGUGUUAUUACAGGGAGCCUCAAGGUUUGUGAUUGCCCAAUUCCAUGUCACAGGCUGAGCUUUUUAUUUUCAAUUUUCAAAUGCCUGUAUGCUUAAAAGCUGCACCUGUAGCACUUACCAUUUUUAGCCUCUCCUCCUUCGUUAAGUACUGCACUUAUUUUUAGUAAGGUGGUGGUGGAUCAUCCCUAAACAUUCUUGCGGCCACCAAAUCACUGCGUGCAUACCUGCUGCAGUCCAGGCGACUGCAACAAUCAGACUUUCCUAAUCGAGCCCCAGGUCGUGCAGUGAAAGUGCUCGUUAGCAGUUGAUGCGGCCAAGGUGCCUGGGUGUGUCGUCUGAGUGCAGGAAGCAUCAAGAUUCAGUGUACAAUAGAUUGUCACCCACAUCUUGCCCACAAUAGCAAGAUUUAUUCUGCCGAAACUGGAUUUAAAGUUUUGAAGUCUUCUUUCAGCCCAUUUUCUUCCCCUGCCUGCCUUCCUCCACCACACAUUAGAAUUUUACCUACAGACCAACUUUUGAAGGAAAUUUAUUUCCUCAUUGUGCCUCCCCCAUAGGAUAAAGUUAAAUCACAACUACUAAAGAUUUAGACUGAUUUCUCCUACAGAUCAGCUUCAUACUAAAACUAGCUUACCUAGUAAGCUAGGUUUACUUUAGUUUAAGUUUAGUUUAAUUUUAGACUAGCAUAAACAAACACAGGCUUGGUCACAGGGUUUUCAGAGAGUCUGCAUUCUGAGCUGUCAGCUGGUUGUGAAAGGGCACAGCUCACCUGUAGUCCUGUCUGUAAGCAGAGGUAAGGAUGAUGCCACGUGAACAGGAGAUGUGCUUACAUGCAUUCAACAUUCAAAGAGGAAAGUCAAACCCCAGCCUGUGACCCUUUGUAAGCGCACCCAACAGAUUCACAUUUCUCAGGUCAGUCUUACCUGUAAACAACCCAGUUUUAGUCUUGCAGAUAACAAGUUACAACUAGCAGAAGCAAGAGUAGUGGUAUGAUUCUUAUACAGGAACUGCUGAUGGGUCUUUGCCAGCAAAACCUCACUGCUCUGUGACAGUUCCUAUGUCUGGACUGAAAAUACCUUUGAGUGCUCUUAAAAAAGAAGCUGGAGUGAAAUCUUCAACGACUGAGUCCAGUAGCAAAUUUCUCAGCCACCUCGGGGGUCCAGACUUUCCCUCUACUAGUGAUGGGAAUGAUCAACACGCGCAGCUACUUGUACCUCUGUCAUGAGUUCAAGUAGUUGCAUUUUUUUCAUAGUUUAAAACCACUGAUUGGCAGGAAUGGUAGCAACUGGAGAAGUUCUAUAGACUCUCAAUACCUUGAGACUUUAAUGAAAUAGUUUACUAGGAUGAGAGACUGUUGUAAGCACUUGGAGGGGAAAAAAAAAAAAGGCUUUGUCUCCCUUAAGAAUUUACAGAAGAAGGGAAAUUUCUGUAAGGUAAUAUGAACUUAUUCCUCAGUGUGAGACCUGGAUUCAGAGAGACGGCUCACAUAUUAUCGUAACAUUUUUCAUCUGAAUAGGAACAAACUGGGAAAAAAGACUCUUAAAGUCAAAAGCCUGUUAUCUAAGUAUCUGAAUAUAUACAAUUCCAGUUUGUUACUUCAUUUAUUUAUUCUGUUUCAUCACUAAGCUUUUAAUCUAUAAAAUUAAUAUGUAAUAUACAAGAGUAAAAUGUACAGAAGUACCUUUAGAUGUAAUAAUUUAAACCAUCUGUAUUCAGAAAGCGGAGGUAACAAUUUUAAAGAUAUACAAUUGCAAUUCAAUUUUAGCCGAAUUUCUCAAUAUCUAGAAAAAGAAGUGGCUUUGCUUAAUUAAACUUUAUUUUAAUGAUUGUGAAAAUAUCUCUUUUUUUAGAGUUUGUUUUUGUUACUUUUUUAAUUAAAAUUAUUUUGUAAA